UGACCAUCACUUUCCCAUUUUCAAACCAAUUCUCCACGUUGGAGCAAAGCAAAGGAGUAGAAGACCGCAACUUUCAACAUCCGAAAGAUCGUUGACUCUUCCGGGACCACUAAUCUGACUUCUUCGACAAUAAUUUUGGGCCCCCCACUAUGGACUUCAACCGACACGAGAACAUGCCGAAUGAUUUCGAGAAUAUUCCAAACGACCAAGAGAUGCAAGAUGCUUUCAUGGACCCCCCUUUGUGCCCGCAAAUAACUAUUAAAGUACGAGAGAAGUGGUUGGUUUUAAAAAAUUUGCGUGAAGUGAUGACUCCGGCGGUUGAAACAGCUAUUAGGCAGACUUGUUUCGGUCCAUUUUUAGAUAAUAGGUGCACCAUAUGCGAUAGCCUUCUUUUAUAUGGCGUUGCACAACUACAAAUACCGACGCCUUUUCCCCGUAUUGGGAUUUCGUAUAAACUAGGAGGGCAGCUAUUUACAUUCACCCCGAAACAGUUUUGUUUAAUAACGGGGAUACGUUUUGGGCACAGUUCCUGGUCACCUAUAGACCAUCCGAACUCAUUUAGGAACAAAUACUUUGGAGCUGGAUCAACUGUUAAUUUUGGCCAAAUAAUGAACAUGUUCGGGAACAUUAGCCAGUUUAAUGAUGCUGACCGCACGAGGAUAUGCCUUCUAAUGCUAAUCGGUCAAGAUUUUUUGGGUUGGCAAAAAACCAAUGCAGUUGAUAAUAUGAUUUUAGACCUUGUGGAUAACUUAGAAGAAUUCAGACAAUAUCCAUGGGGUAAUUAUUUUUGGGAAAGUACUUAUAGUGCUAUAUACAAUUUGUGCAAUCGGAAAAUGGAUGAAGCUAAAGGUUUUUCUUUAGCUGGAUUUGUGUGGCCGUUCAAGAUGUGGGUGUUGGAGACUUUUCCUCAUUUUAAGAAUUCAAGGGAAUGGUAUCAAUGUGAGACGAUUCCAAGAUUUUUGGGAUGGAAAGAAGGCAAGAAGUUUAUGAGGAGCAGUGUCGAUUCAUUGCUACAAACAGCUGCAAACAAACGUGAAUUUAGGCCGUCUUUGGUUAUAUUGCCAACUCAACAUGAGUUGCAAAGCGCGUGGUAUUUGUCUAGUUCAGAUUAUUUAGACGCUGAACGUCGGAUGUAUGCCAGUGCAAUGCCGGGCGAGAUUCCGGUUGAAAGGGCCACAGAAAUACCCAUUCAAAUGCACACAGAAAUACCCAUUCAAAUGCCCACAGGAUUCACGGGUCAAAAUCAACCAGAAAUGCAGGCCGCCCCAGGUGUCGUCACACAAGAACAGCUUGCGUCUGUAAUGGGGGCUCUGUUUGGUCCCGAUGGGACGAAUGAAGGUUAUAAUCCGACAACGGAUCGAGAUGAGAUUCCACAACAGAAUUUUGUUCCCCCCACGACCCCGUUUCGAUCAAAUUACGAGAAUGAUCUGAUUUCACAGUUUAAAUCAGUCUUGGACGAGAGGCUGCUAGAGAACAACCGGAGACUUACCAAUAUGUUCAUGGGAGAGUUUUCUCAAUCAUAUCGAUGUUCUCCAAAGCAAAAAACGGUCAGGACUCCGGUGACCGUACGAACACCAAAAGAAGAGGCACACACUCAGAGUGAUAAUGCUGUUGCCGAUUCAUUUAUCAAUUACGAUAAUGCCUACCACGUCUCUAUGAGCCCGAUGGUGAAUGAAGAUUUUAAUGAGGAUCCUGAAAUAAUCAAACUGAGACGAUCCGAAAGGCUUGUAAAGCCCGCAGCAGCUGUGCUAUCCCCGUAUGUGGCUUACAAAAGAUUGAAAGAUAGAAAAGCCAAAAGCACUGGUAUCCAAAUUGCGGCAGUAAACAUCUUUCCCUACUAG